AUGGCAAGAAAUGAAAACAAUCAAUCCCAGAAUGAGGGUCCUGGUGCGCAGGCCCUUUGGGAAUCUAUCCAAGCACAAAACCGACAAAACCAGGAACGGUUUGAAGGGAUCGAGCGCAUGCUACAAGAGAUUCAAAGGUCUAUCACUAAUGUCCAUAUGGAGGGCAAUAGGGACCAAAACGAGAGAAGGCCUGGCGGGGGCAGAGGAUUUAGACCACCACAGCAAGACCAUGUGGGAGAUAACUCCUCCAGUGAGGAAGAACUCGAGAACUUGGUGGGAGGAGGAAAUCAAAGAACUCGUGACGGUAAUACCAACUUCAAGAUUAAAAUUGACUUACCGUGUUUUAACGGACAUCUCCAUGUCGAAAGUUUCCUUGAUUGGCUCCUAGAAGUAGAGAACUUCUUCGACUACAUGCAGAUACCAGAGGUUCAACAAGUGAAAUUGGUGGCCUAUAAGCUACGCGGUGGAGCGUCUGCUUGGUGGGAACAAACACAGAAUAACCGAAGGCGCCAGGGUAAACAACCCGUCCGCGUGUGGCCUAAAAUGAAGAGAUUGAUGAGAGCACGAUUCCUUCCGCCAGACUAUGAGCAACUUCUCUAUCAGCAAUACCAAAAUUGCCGACAAGGUGCUAGGACCAUCAAUGAGUACACUGAGGAGUUUUAUCGCCUGAACUCUCGGAACAACCUUGCGGAAACUGAGGGGCAGCAAGUGGCAAGGUACAUUGGUGGGUUACGCGUUGCCAUACAGGAUAAAGUUACACUGCACGCUGUAUGGACACUAUCGGAAGCAGUCAACUUAGCCAUGAAGAUUGAAUCACAGCUUUCCCGUCCCCCUACCAGAGCACCGAAUCUCACACCAUCAACUAAAGGGGCUGAGCCGCCAACUCAGUCGAAUCCACCACACUUUCCUUCAUCCAGCCGUGACCAGCGGACACAAAAUAACUACCAGGUUCCUAAGGCCAACACUAUCCCGACUGGGACGAGAGGAGGCACCAGUCAAAAUCCAUACAACAAACCAAUAGCCGGAAAGUGUUUCCGCUGCAACCAACCAGGACACCGCUCCAACGAGUGUCCUGCACGUAAGUCUGUCAACCUGGUGGAUGGUGAUGAUCCAACUAAGGAGAGUGACGAUGAAUCAGAAGAGGACGGAGAGUUCGUUGAAGGGGAUGAAGGGGACUUGGUGAACUGUGUUAUCCAGAGGCUACUCUUGGCGCCGAAACAGGAAGAUCAUACUCAGAGGCAUGUUAUAUUCAAAACCCGCUGCACCGUCAAUCAAAAAGUUUGUAACUUGAUCAUUGAUAGCGGGAGCUGUGAAAAUAUCGUAUCAAGGGCGUUGGUGUCCACCUUACAGCUGAAUACAGAGAAGCAUCCUAAACCUUAUAAAAUCAAUUGGAUCAAGAAGGGUGCCGAAACAAAAGUAACUUCCACCUGUCGUAUUCCAUUUUCAAUUGGUAAAUUCUAUAACGACGUUGUAGAUUGCGAUGUUGUGGAGAUGGAUGCCUGUCAUGUGUUACUUGGGAGGCCAUGGCAGUACGAUGUGGACGCCACGUAUAAGGGGCGCGACAAUACUUAUACAUUUUGGUGGCAUGAACGGAAAGUAGUGUUGCUGCCUACGGGAGAACGACCCCACGAUGCUACGGUGCAUGAGAAGAAAGCUAGUUUCCUCACCGUGUCAGAGGACCAGUUCUUAAUUGAUGCAAAAGAGAGUGGGAAAAUCUUGACGCUGGUUGUGAAAGGUAGAGCAGAGGAAGCAGUCUCUGAGUCAUCUCCACCUGUUCGGCAACUAUUAGAGGAAUUUUCAGAUAUUGCUCCGCAGGAGCUACCUGCCGGAUUACCCCCCCUGCGUGACAUCCAACACUGCAUUGAUCUGGUACCAGGCGUCAGCCUCCCCAAUCUGCCUCACUACCGUAUGAGUCCCAACGAGCACAAGAUCUUACAAGACCAGGUAGAGGACCUCAUACGAAAGGGACUCAUUCGAGAAAGCAUGAGCCCCUGCGCUGUCCCAGCGUUGCUUAUGCCAAAAAAAGACGGUAGCUGGAGGAUGUGCGUGGAUAGUCGCGCCAUCAAUAAGAUCACGGUAAAGUAUAGGUUUCCUAUACCACGACUGAAUGAUAUGUUAGAUAUGCUUGCAGGAUCGAAGGUCUUUUCGAAGCUCGACUUAAGAAGUGGUUACCACCAAAUAAGAGUUCGACCUGGAGAUGAGUGGAAGACAGCUUUCAAAACAAAGGAGGGACUAUACGAGUGGUUGGUCAUGCCUUUCGGUUUGUCGAAUGCACCUAGCACUUUCAUGAGAGUCAUGCACCAAACUCUCAAACCUUUCAUCGGCAAGUUCGUUGUCGUGUAUUUUGACGAUAUUCUCUUAUACAGUCAGGAUGAACGGCAACACAUGGAGCACUUGAGGGAAGUACUUUCGGUUUUGAGGGAAAAUAAGUUGUACAUCAAUUUGAAGAAAUGUAAUUUCCUAACCAGCAGGUUGUUAUUCCUUGGCUUCGUCGUUGGUGAGGAAGGGGUGCAUGUAGAUGAAGAAAAAGUCCGAACCAUCCGGGAGUGGCCCCGUCCAUCCACCAUUACCCAAGUCCGAAGUUUCCAUGGGCUAGCGACCUUCUAUCGGCGUUUUAUUAGAAACUUCAGCACCCUUGCUGCACCUAUCACGGAAUGUAUGAAGAAGGGGCAACUCCAUUGGGGUGAAGACCAGGACGUGAGUUUUGCUGCCAUUAAGGAGAAAUUGUCUACAGCCCCUGUUCUCGCACUACCCAGUUUUGAGAAGUUGUUUGAAGUGGAGUGCGACGCUUCCACCAUCGGUAUUGGGGCCGUUCUCUCACAAGAAGGCAGACCUGUUGAGUUUUUCAGUGAGAAGCUAAAUGAGGCACGACGCAAAUGGACUGUCUAUGAGCUAGAGUUUUAUGCAAUCAUUAGGGCGUUGAAACACUGGGAGCACUACCUAAUCCAACGUGAGUUCGUACUAUACAGUGAUCACCAUGCCCUGAAAUUUGUCAACAAUCAAAACCAUGUGAACCGAAUGCAUGCAAGGUGGGUUACAUUCAUACAAAAAUUUACCAUGGUCCUUAAGUACAAGUCUGGUCAGCACAACAAAGUUGCGGAUGCUCUCAGCCGACGAGGAGAGCUCUUGCUCACCCUACGGACUGAGAUCACUGGUUUUGAACAGCUUAAGGACCUCUAUGUGGAGGAUGAAGAUUUUGCAGAGGCAUGGAGGAGGUGUAAACUUAAGCAACCUGCGAUUGACUUCCACAUUCAAGAUGAGUACCUAUUUCGGGCAAUCAGCUUUGCAUACCACGGUCAUCGUUGCGUGAACACUUAG